AUGGAAAUUCCCUGGAUCUGGGAGGCGCUGGCUGGAUCAAUGGAGAAGCCAUCAUCGGAGGACUCUGAGGUGUUGGAAGAGGGAGCCAUGGCAGCGGAAGAAGUGGCGAAGGGAUUUACGAAAACCUUGGACGAUGAUAUCAUGUUCUCUUCCCACCUCGCCGCCGAGGUGCUGGAGCUAGCCGCGGCCAGGGACAACAAGAAGACCUGCAUCAUCUCGCGCCACGUGCUCCUGGCCAUCCGCAACGAUGAGGAGCUCGGCAAGCUGCUGGCCGGCAUCACCAUCGCCCACGGCGGUGUCCUCCCCAACAUCAACCCCGUGCUCCUGCCCAAGAAGGUCGCCGAGAAGGCAUCGGCAGCCAAGGAGCCCAAGUCGCCAAAGAAGGCCGCCAAGUCCCCCAAGAAGGCAUAG